AUAACAUCAACGAAAGCUGUGAAUCCUUGUGUUAUGUGGCAGUCCGUUAUUUGCGUAUUUUUCUUAUGGUCACUGAGCCUUGAAGUGCAAUGUAAAGAAAGAAGAUGUCAAGAAGCCACAUCGUGUGAGGAGUGUUUUUUGAUAAAUACUAAAUGCCACUGGUGCUCGCAAGAGGGGUUCUUAGAACCAAGGUGUGAUCUAAGAGAGUCUCUGAAGAAUGCUGGUUGUAGAGCAGAAGAUCAACAGACUCCUAAUACAACCAUUCGCAAAACACGGGCUGAUAGCUUACGUGAUGCUACAGCAACAGAUAAAGUGCCAGUACAAUUAACACCUCAAGAAAUAUUCAUGAAGUUACGACCAGGAAAGAAACUGACAUUUAACAUAGAUAUUCGACCAUCUGUUGAUUUUCCUGUUGAUAUCUACUUUCUUAUGGAUUUAUCACUUUCUAUGAGGCCCUAUCUGGAUACGAUGAAAAAGAGUAUGUUUGAACUAUCCAGAGCAUUGCAAGGCGUUACCAGGGAUUUGAGAAUGGGUUUUGGUUCGUUUGUUGACAAAACAACUAGUCCAUUCUACUCACCGCUUAGUUUAAAAUAUUGUAGGUUUGCUGUGAGUGGUUGUGUAGACCCUUAUGGAUAUAAACAUUCAAUCAGUCUCAUCGAUAACAUCGCAAAAUUUGUCGCCUUGUUGCGUCAAGAGUCAAUCUCAACAAGUACGGACAUCCCUGAAGGAGGAGGAGAUGCUCUUAUGCAGGCAAUUGUUUGUACGGAAAAAAUCGGAUGGCGUCCUAAAUCACGACAUUUUAUCAUAUAUAUGUCAGAUGCAGGUUUACAUAUCGCCCUUGAUGGAAAGCUUGGUGGAAUUACAAAACCAAAUGACGGUAUGUGUCACGUGAACAAAGAAGGUUUCUACGAAUCAUCGCUAGACGUUGAUUUUCCAUCGCUUGGUCAACUACAUGAAAUGAUGUUGCAAAGAAAUAUAAUUCCUGUGUUUGCUAUUGCAAGGCAGACUUCGGAGAAACACUACCAGAAUCUUGUAAAAGAUUUCUUUCAAGGCGCUAAAGUUGCUCGUUUGACCGACAAUUCGGAAGAACUCAUUCGACUAGUUGUUGGAAGCUAUGAGGAAAUAACAUCUGAGAUCCAGCUUAUUAUUGAUAAGACAGAAGACCCAAUUCAAGUAAAGAUCACUUCAAAGUGUGGCUCACCGAAAGACAGCAAGUGCUUAAACGUUGGUCUUGGAACAACUGUCAGCUUUCAAGUAAAGGUGUCAAUAACAGAAUGUUUCAAUGGUACUAAAGAAUUGGUUAUACGGCCAGUAGGAUUUGAAGAAAAUGUUUUGUUCAAUAUUCAAAGUAGCUGUGACUGUGAAUGUUCAGGUAGAAGCAUUCCAAAUAGUCUGUAUUGUACAGACGGCAAUGGAUCGUUAUCGUGUGGAUUGUGUGAAUGUAAUCCUGGAAGAUUCGGAGAUUUUUGUCAGUGUAGCGCCACCAACGAUGUCGCCUCUGAAAACCCUGAAUUGUGCAUGACCAAUAAUUCAACUCAAAUUUGCUCAGGCCGUGGCUCUUGUACCUGUGGGCAGUGUCAAUGCAAUAUACGCCAGGAUCCAAAUGAAAUAAUAUCCGGGAAGUUUUGUGAAUGCGAUAACUAUUCCUGUAUGAAGACUGACAUCGGAAAACAGAUGUGUAAUGGCCGAGGUAAAUGCACUUGCGGUGAAUGUCAAUGUGCAGACGGGUUUACCGGCAUCCAUUGUGAAUGUCCCACAAGUAACUCCCAGUGUAUUGCGUCAACGGGUGAGAUAUGUAAUGAUGUAGGGACGUGCGAAUGUGGCAAAUGUACAUGUGAUGUAGAUUCAAUAUACUACGGUGACACCUGUGAAGAUUGUGAUGCUUGCCAGAAUGAGUGUGAUCGGAACAUUGAUUGUGUACUUUGUGAGAUUUUUGGUUUAGGACCACAGUCUCCCACAAACUGUUUAAACUGCCCGCAAGUCAUCAUACCAGUUUCUGAAGACUUUACCGACAAUGUAACACGUGUGUGCUCACUUACGGACCACGAAGGCUGUUCAGUUUCUUUCCGCUUGGAAAACAAUGGCACAUUUCAAGUCAUAUUUGCUUACACAAACAGAGUUUGUCCCGAGAAGAAUUCGGCGAACUGGGUGAUAGCUGUUGGAAUCAUUCUUGGUAUAUUAUUCAUUGGUUUGAUUUGUUUACUUUGCUGGAAACUGGCAACGUUCAUUUACGACAGGAAGGAAUACAGUAAAUUUCAACGAGAAUUACAGGGAGGCAAAAACGCUUCAAAUGAGAAUGCACUCUACAAGCCACCGAUUACCAAAAUCAGAAACCCGACGUUUGAAGGCACCCAGUUGGAUUCUGCUACAAACUAGCUCUGUUACCGCUUCUAGGCCCACCCUGAUGGAUACUGGUGCUCCAAGCCUCCCUUACCGCUUCAUGGUCCAGGUUAACCACAUAAUUCUUAUGAGCCUUACGACGUUCAUUACCAGCAAUGACAAGGAAAGAUAUCAACAUGACAUCUGGUGGCACAAAUUAUACUAUUAUGGUUCAAAUUUUGUUGUAUAAACGUUAUGACACUCACCGAUA